AUGUUCUCGUUACCUUCAACUUCUUCCUCCAUUUCUAGAAAAAAAUAUGAUGUUUUCUUGAGUUUCAGAGGUGAAGAUACCCGCAACAACUUUACCGAUCAUCUCUAUGAUGCUCUAAGUAGGAGUGGGAUCGUCACUUUCAGAGAUGAUCCAAAGCUGGAGGCCGGUGAAGAGAUCGCACCUGAACUCUUUAAAGCAAUUCAGCAAUCAUGGUGCUCGGUAAUCGUUUUUUCACAAACUUAUGCCUUUUCAAGUUGGUGCUUGGAGGAGCUUGCUGAGAUUGUUAAACAACAUAACAACGACGGCCAUAAAGUGUUUCCAAUUUUUUACCAUGUUGAUCCUUCUGAUUUAAGAAAACAAAAGGAGAAAGUGGAAGAAGCCUUUGCCAGACAUAAAAAGAGAUACAAAGAAGAUAGUGAGAAGAUCCAAAGAUGGCGAAAUGCUUUAAUUCAAGUGGCUGCAAUCAAGGGAUGGCAUUUAAAUAACAGGUAA